AUGAAAGUGCCGGCGAAGAAGCGAACUGCUGCAGACAAGGAGUCGUUGGCAGCAGCACAGAAGCUCGUGCAGUGGAGUGAUGCACGCUGGCGAGACCGGUUGAUGCAACUUUUCGAGUUCCUUGUCUUGUCUGCAGAUCCGCUCUUGGUUGGGAAGUCACGGAAGACAACCGUGGUGGGCUUCGACAGCCUCUCCCAGCUCCGCCGAAGCAUCCUUCCCAGGAUCAAGGACAUAGUGAAGAACGGCGGGGCUGCUUUCAAGAAGCAGCUCGUAGAGAUGCUGUCCACUUUGAAGGCCGAGGCGAGGGCAGACCUGCAGAAGCUGGAAAAGAGUGUCCUUGAUUCUCUGGAGCUUCCCGGUGAGAGCAACAAGAAGACCAAGAAGGCCAAGGACGAGGACGAGGACGUGCCUGGGAAGCCCUCCAUCUUCGACAAGUAUCGAAGAUCGAAGACAAAGGCCAAUCCAGAUGAGGACAGCACAGAGUGUGACAAGAGCGAGGCCAAUGACUCUGAGUUGACACAGCGGCUCCCCGGCAAGGGUGCGGCAAACAACGAAGACGAGAGUUCCUCGGAGGACGACGCUCCCGGCCCGGUACGCCGGCUUUUCAGCGAAGGAGAUGAUAGCGAUUUGUUCGGCAAGAUGUUCCCUGCUGCAGCGGUUUCGGAUGGCAAGGCUGCCAAGACUCCCAAGUCUAAGCCGGGCGACGAAGAGAAGAAGAAGAAGAAGCCAAUGGGUGGUGAUUUGGAAGAGAAAGUGGUGGAGCCGGAGCAGGGGCCGAAAGCCCUCGCUACUGGCUCGCAUGGAACGACUUCAUCCAAAGAGGCAGCUUUCAAGGCGCCAGCCCCGCCUGUCCUGAACACGGCCCAAGAGGUUCUCGAAGCUCCCGUCAACCUGGAGCUGCUGGAGAUGUUGUCCGACGUUGUCUCUGCCCACCUUCCUCGAGAGCAGGACAGUGCUGCCUUCUUUGAUCUGCUGGCUGCCCUGGGCUGCACAGACCCAGCGACCUUGCUGUCCAAUCUGGACAAGUGGAUCGCUGCGAAUGGCGGCCAGACGGUACGCCAUGCCAACUUCUUCAUUGCCAAUUCCGGCUCCCGACAGAAGUUCCAGCGGCUGAGCUUCUCCCAAAAGCUGGCCGUUGCCAAUGCGAUCAAGACCAUCAUCGACGGCAAGGAUAAAUGA